UCUUCAUUGUUUUGAACAGGUCAAGAUGGCGGAGGAGGAGAGCAGGUUGAAGCACAGGAAUUACUGUGAUAAUAACUGCAAAAACCUUGUCUUGGACGAAGAUGUACAUGGAGUUCAGGACAUGUCCAUUCAGAAAGGCCUAAAAGUUCUGUGUGACGGCGAUGCAAUGCCCUUUGUAGAAGAACAGAAGAUGGCUGAGCCGGUCCAGGUUGUGGUGGCCAACGAGGAUGAUCAUGAGUUUGUUUUAGACGAGGUUACCCUGGAGCGGAUCUUGCUGCAGGAAAACAUCCGAGACCUCAACGUUGUAGUGGUGUCUGUUGCUGGAGCUUUUCGUAAGGGCAAGUCCUUCCUUUUGGAUUUCAUGCUCCGGUACAUGUAUAACCAGAAGUCAGAUUUCUGGCUUGGAGGGAAUGAUGAGCCCCUUACAGGCUUCAGCUGGAGAGGAGGUUGUGAGCGUGAAACAACAGGCAUCCUCGCAUGGAGUGAAGUAUUUGUAGUGGAGAAACCUGAUGGAAACAAGGUUGCUGUUUUGCUUAUUGACACACAGGGAGCCUUUGACAGUCAGUCCACUAUUAAGGACUGUGCUACUCUUUUCGCUUUGAGUACCAUGAUCAGCUCUGUUCAGGUAUAUAAUUUGUCACAAAAUGUACAGGAAGAUGAUCUUCAGCACCUUCAGCUUUUUACAGAAUAUGGAAGACUUGCCAUGGAAGAAGUCUAUUUAAAACCAUUUCAAUCCCUAGUGUUCCUCAUAAGAGACUGGAGUUACCCCUAUGAACAUGCUUAUGGCCUUGAGGGAGGAAAGACAUUUCUAGAGAAAAGGCUUCAGGUGAAACAAAACCAGCAUGAAGAGCUGCAGAAUGUCAGGAAACACAUACACUCCUGCUUCUCAAACAUCAGCUGCUUCCUACUGCCUCACCCAGGCCUCAAAGUUGCCACAAACCCCAACUUUGAUGGCAGACUCAAUGAUAUUGAUCACGAGUUUAAAAAGGAGCUGAUCAACCUUGUUCCAUUACUACUGGCCCCUGAAAACCUUGUUGAGAAGGAGAUCAGUGGAUCCAAAGUCACUUGUAGAGAUCUUGUACAAUAUUUUAAAGCUUAUAUGAAGAUAUACCAAGGAGAAGAACUGCCACAUCCUAAGUCAAUGUUACAGGCAACAGCUGAAGCAAACAAUCUUGCAGCUAUUGCUGGAGCCAAGGACACAUACAACAAAAAUAUGGAGCAGGUAUGUGGUGGUGACAAGCCCUACAUUGCUCCCACAGACCUGGAGCACAGGCAUGCCAAGUACAAGCAGGACUCAGUGCAGCAGUUCCGGUCAGUCAAAAAAAUGGGUGGGGAGGAUUUCUGCCGGCGAUAUCAGGAGCAGCUUGAGGCUGAGCUGGAUGAGGCCUAUGCCAAUUUCGUCAAGCACAACGAUGGAAAAAACAUUUUUUAUGCUGCCCGUACACCAGCCACAUUAUUUGCAGUGAUGUUUUCCAUGUAUGUUGCAUCCAUGUUGACCGGUUUUCUUGGCAUAAACUCUGUAGCCACAAUUUGUAAUUUCAUCAUGGGUAUAGCACUGGUGUGUCUGUGCACCUGGGCAUACAUCAAGUACUCUGGCGAGUUCAGAGAAGUGGGCAGCAUGAUUGACCAGGUGGCAGAGCUGUUGUGGGAACAGAGGACUCCUAGAAAGGUGCUUUCCAAAGUAUUGCAGCUGGCCAGGAGUCAAAUCUCAUGGGGUUUCGUCUUGCCAGCGCAGAGAAAACGACUGUCCUCCAACAACAAUGUCAAGAAGAAAAAUUAAAGGCAACGUUUUUUGCUAGCUAUAGGAACCCCCUUUUAUGACUUUAUAUACAUAUUAUACACACAUAAUACAUGCACUUUUUGCUUCAUUACCUAUUGGUUGUAACACCAUGCUGAUUUGAUGAUCACUGUACACUGAUUGAAUUGAAUUCCAUUUUAUUGCAUUGCAUCAUAACAUAUGAAUACGUCUCAAGGCGCUUUACAGAGCCCAACUUGAACUUGAACAGCACAUGUUGGAUGCAGAUCAGCACUUUGGACCCCCCCCCCCCCCCGCCCUAAUACUCAUUCUGAAUUAUGAUUUUGUUUUCUGUGGAUGGCUGUGCUUACUUUGACUGACAUCUGUUGGAUUUUUAUGAAGACCAUCUCCCCUCCACUUUUCACAACACACUUUUUUUUCUCCAUUGGAGUUGAAGCCACUUUAAUUAGAUGGAGCAUAAAUUCAAGACAGAUGUAAACAAAGGCUUCACUGGGCAGGUGUGGCAGCACACAAGUCCUGCUCACUUUUUGUAGUACCAAAGUUUACAUACUGAUUACUAAACCUUAUUUUGUACAUGCUCCACUCGCCCCAGGUAGAUGAAAAGGCGUUUGUAUGUAAUUAUAAUGGCAGUUGUGAACUCAGCAAUGCCAUUACCUGUUCCACUACACCAUCAUUAUUGGAGCUAAGUUGUCUUAAAGCGAGUCGACACACUACCAGUGGAAGGCUGCCCACGAUCAUCCACAUUCAGAUUUUGAGAUUUGAUUAUUCACAUUCAUAUUUUCUCUGUGAUGCUAAACACUUAAAAAAAGCAUAAUCUGACUUGUCUUAAUGUUGUGCACUGUUCAGUAUACACUACAAACACAAGAACAUUUAUGAUGGCCAUUUUUUUUUUUUUUUUGCAUUAUGCACUGUUAUGUAUUACUAUGACAUGUCAUCGACAAUUCCAUCCAAUUCCACCAUGACCAAUACGGUGUUAAGGGUUUCCUUUCUUCUUUUUUAAAAUAACUCAUCACAACUGAGGUCACAUGUUAUGAGUUGUAAAUGUAUAUUUAUAAAAUUUUCUGUAUUUUUUUUUCAUAGCUUAAAGAACAGUGGUUUUCUGUAGGUCUAAUUGCAGUUUGUGUGAAGAAUGCAUUGCGUCUGGUGUACAUUUCUGAACAUUGUUUUAUUUGCCUCGAGCAUCAAACUAUUCCACCCAUGCUCACCAAGCAAAUGGAAUGUUUAUAAUUCCUCUUUUUUGUUGCAUUGUACAGUUACUUCUGUAAUUUAUUUUUGAAUACUGGAAAAAAUAAAACCGCUAUACAUAAA